CAAUUCGAAGCCAUAAACAGGUUGGAGGGGCUUUUUACUAAGCGUCCCGACCUUUUUGCGGGUUGGCUCAAACAUCAAUUCCACUCUUUAUACGACAUCACUGUCGACAGAAGUAUUCUUGACAGCCUGAGACAACUUCACCGGAAUGGUGCGAUGCUGUUGACUACUAAUUAUGAUGACCUACUUGAAAAGCAUUGCGGGAUCCCUCCUGUCGGGAGGUCAGAUGAGUAUGAGCUAGCGUCAUUCCAACGAAAAUCUUUUGACGGCGUUUUCCAUCCUCAUGGCCACUGGAAGGAUCCCGAAAAUAUCGUUUUGUCUGCACGAAAUUAUCAGGUUGGAGCAGGCGGAGGUUUAGAUGACCCUAAUUGGGGCCAGCUUUUGCGUUGGGUCGGGGAGAAAUACGAAAACAGAGGUCCCGUCCAUUAUGUGUUGUUUCCAAAAUCCGUAGGAAACGAGAUACCUCACAUGCCACUGAAUCAUCUUACGUGUGAGACUCGCGAUGAUAUUGCUCUCUGGCUGAAAGGAUUACUGGAGCCGAGUGAGCAGCGCGAGGGUACCAUAUACGAGAAUCUAGACAACGUCGAGCGGAUAAACAUCCACCGUUGGCUUUCUCCUCUCGAUCAAACCCAAUUUCUUAAUGACAACUCUGAUGUUCAGGACAAAAUAACCCCAUUUCACCAAUCAGUCACAAACCUCCCGAACUUUUGGGAGACGGACAGUUCUUCGUUCGUGUGGUUGACAGGUACUGGAGGGUUUGGCAAGACAAUCUUCUGCACCUCGGUCAUAGACAGUACAAGACAAAAUUGUCGUUUAGAGGCCCCUGGCCGGUCCCGAGACUCUCUCGCCUACUUCUUCUGCGCUACACAUGACGUGUUUGAGAAAGAGCCGACGCCUGUCCACCACGACUUCAGCGCAUUUUGUCGUACAGUUAUUGAUCAACUCUGCCCACCCAAGACCGUAUACCCAGCUCUUCGGGAACUAUAUACUACGUGUACAGAAUUUCAUCCUGCAAGGCAUCCUACCAAUUUAGAACUUCGUAAUGUCCUCCUGAGAAUUAUAGACGAUCUGGGUCGCGAAAAAUUCCCUGUGCCAAAUGAGCGGGUCGAACCGGGCGAGACGUACCUGGUGAUUGACGGGUUCGACAAACUUCCGAGAAACAGACAGAGCCCUUUUCUAGACCUUAUUAGAGAAAUAAGGGCGCGCAAUUUCCAGCAUUUUCACUUACUGAUAUCUAGUCGGGACACGCCAAGGAUCAGAAAUCCCAUAAGGCGCUGGGGGGAGUGGAACGAGAUAACCUGUAAUCAUAACACCGUAAGGGGGAUUAUACGAGGUUAUGUCACCAGAAGCAUUUAUAAGGACCCGCAAUUCUACGACUUAUCUCGACCAGCUCGUGAACCGGUAGCAUUGUGGUUGAUCGAUGAACUAACGAACAGUGGAAAGUCAUUCUGGUGGGUCUAUUGGAAGUUACAAGAGUUAAAGGAUUUGGACUUCCUCGACAGAGCGUCGAUACGGAGGACCCUGGACGACGGCGACGAUGAUGCUGAAGAGCCAGAGGAGCGGCCACAUCGAAGACGUAGAACGAGGUAGACUCAAGUAAUUUGUCACGAUAGAGCGAGCAUCUAUUUUAUGUUGUGGGGAGGAUAUAAGAGGAUAUUUGAUAUUAGGUAUUGGGUAUUGGGUGAUAUAUAUACCCACCUAGGUACGGAAGGAUAUCAUUGGGGAUUGGUAGGUAGGAAAGGUGAUAUAUAUUGGAUAGGUAUUAAAAAGAUUAUGCGCGACACUGGCCCGAUUCGAACGGGCGCCUCCGAAGAGAUGUGAUCCCGAGUCACACGCGUUAGACCACUCUGAGAGAGAGAGAGAGAGAGAGAGAAUUAGAAUACCGUCUUAAUUUUUUCAAGACGUGGGAGAAUUACCCGCCACAGUGCCAUUUGUUCGUCUCGUUGCAUGUUUCAUUGCAUGUCUCAUUGGACUAUUAAAAUUUCCUAUGUAUGAAAUAAACAGUUUAUUAACCUAGUGGUAUGGAUGGAUACAUAGUAUGGAUACACAUGCAUGUCACUAGGUUAGGAGGUAUCUGGGAUUAG